AUAAAAUCCAACCAUUUGGAAGAGAAGCUGAGGCAGAGAUGUUGUAAAGCGCAGACAUUAUCAGGUGUUGGUAAAGGUGGAAUUAGUCUAGUAUGGGGUAGCUGCACGAUUCAAGCAGUUGCUGCUACACUCAACUUUGAUGAUUUUUGCGAACAAAGAUGGAAGCUUUUCUUGCAGUAAAGACUUGCCCCAGCCCCACCAUAAUCUACAAAAGAACAGAGAAUAUCUGGAAACCUGACAAUGAGUGUAAAACACAAUUAAGGUGUCAUCCUGUGCUAUCCCCUCAACCAGCUCCUUCAAGUCGCCGGCAUAUCAUAGUGUGUACUGGUGCAUCAUUCCUUACCACUCUGACCAUAAACUAUGGCUUGACACCAUCAGUUGUUUGGGCUGAAGAUGAGUCAAAUGGCCGAGAGGAAGAGGAUGCGGGGAUUACUGGUGCCCUGAAAUCAUUGUUUGAUCCUAAUGAAAAGACCAAGUCCGGUAAAGUGUUACCAAAGGCGUACUUGAAGUCAGCGAGAGAGGUUGUGAAGACACUGCGCGAGUCCUUAAAGGAAGACCCCCAGGAUAUCGCUAAGUUCAGACGCACUGCAGAUGCAGCAAAGGAGUCAAUUCGAGAGUAUUUGAGCAGUUGGAGGGGACAACAAACUGUGGUUCAAGAGGAAUCAUAUGUUGUGCUAGAGAAAGCAAUUAGAUCGUUAGCCAGCUUCUACUCGAAGGCAGGCCCAUCUGCCCCACUGCCAGAAGAGGUUAAGUCAGAGGUAUUGGAUGACCUGAACACAGCCGAAGGGUUUUUGUAGCAAGAUGUACAUCUAGUAAAUCAAGCUUAACCACUCAAGUCCUGGAUUGGGAUUCAAACAGCUACCUUUUUAUGUAUUUUUAUUCGAUGUUCAAUCAAAAUUAUGCGCGCUUGCUACCUGGAA